AUGACCGGAUCUUCCACCGUCGUUCUUUACCACUAUACGCCUAGCGUGAUAGCCGCAGUGUUGUUUGCUGCCAUAUUCUUCUUAACAACUGCAUUACAUUUGAUUCAGCGGAUCAACAGUCAUGCCAAAUAUAUGAACCCAUUUAUAGUUGGCGGUAUUUUCCAAGUCAUUGGUUACGGUGCUCGUGCGGCCUCCCACUUCAAACAGACAUCCACCAUUCUCUACGCCAUGCAAUCGCUCUUUCUUUUACUCGCCCCAAUCCUGUAUGCAGCAUCAGUGUACAUGCUUCUUGGAAGGAUCAUUAAAUUUUUGCGAGGGAAACAUCUGAGCUAUGUGCCAGUGGAACUCAUGACGAAAAUCUUUGUCGGGGGCGACAUCCUAUCUUUUAUCGUUCAGGGAGCAGGUGGUGGUAUCAUGUCUCAUGGAUCGGCAAACACCUUGGUAAUUGGCCAGUGGGUCAUUGUCGCAGGUCUCUGCAUUCAGCUUCUUUUCUUCGGAGCGUUUCUUCUUUCGUCCGUCCUAUUUCACCGCAGGAUUCUCAAAUCACCAACUUCACAGUCAGAACGAACACUACAAGUUCAGAGAGAUAUCUGGCCUCGAGACUGGAGAGGACUGUUGUACGCAUGUUACGUCGUCAGCGGAUUGAUUUUGGUCCGGUCCAUUUAUCGUCUCAUUGAGUUUGCACAAGGUAAUGACGGUUAUUUGAUUGACCACGAGGUCUUUCUGUAUGUUUUUGAUGCUGUGAUGAUGGUCAUUGUCAUGGUAAUCAUGAAUUCAUUCCACCCUUCUGCCAUUUUGCAAUCUGACGGCUCUGAGCACUGUCCGUCAGAGGGCAGCUCUCUUGAUGCUUUGAAACAAGUGCCAGAACGUGGAGAUCAAGCAAGUGCCGAGGUUUGA